AUGACAGCUGGAACUGUUGUCAUAACUGGAGGAAUUGUUGCGACGGUGAUUCUUCUGUGCAUCAUUGCAGUGCUCUGUUACUGUAGACUCCAGUAUUACUGCUGUAAGAAUAAAGAGUCCACGGACGGCGAUGGCUCACAGCCGCAGUUUGCCUGCAGCGCCUGUAGUGGCGCCGGGGUGGACGGAGCGCCGGUCACCUCCCUCCCUCUCGUCUCCGACCCGGGCACGUUCCACACCUACUGCCCCACCUGCUCUUUGUACAACCCACCCUUCUACAUCCGCUCGGCGGACGACGCGCCGCAUGCAGCGACCUGUUUCGAGAACCCGGCGCACUCCAUUUCUCUACCCAUGAUGCAUGGCUCCUGCAACCCGCCGGAAUUCUACAGCAACAGACACGCUCUAAGCACCGACGUCUGAUCCUAGCAGCGCCGUACAGAUGCCGGAACGGUCGCGUUUGUAUUCUUAUGGACUCGGGCCCAGCUGUCCUUGGCAUUUCCUUAGUGAGAACGAGGAAUAUUGACAGGUCCCUGAUCCACGUGGUGUGAGAAUGGGAACAGUCGGUAUCUGGGCUUAUUUGCUGAGGCUCCAGGUUUUGUAACAGAAGAAUAAAUCAUCACACGUAACUGUGGGCAGGGGUAAAAUAGAGCAUAGACAUAUUAGUUUUGAGAAUUUGGA